AUGUCUAAAACACCGAUGGUUAAUACAGAUAGUCCAGGUGGGAGGACGAAUAGUAUUGAUAAUAUUUUAAAUCAAAGAAAGUUUGAUCAGAACGUCACACAUAACCAAACAAUUAUAGGAUCUCUUUUCAAUAAAAAUACAUCAUCGUCUACUGCAGAUGCAGCGAUCAAGAUGUCACAUUCACCUUCAAUUUUAGAAGAUCAUCAUACAAAAAUUCAUGAUACUACACAUCAAAAUUUUACAUCAUCGAUUUUAAAUAAUAUAGAAACUUUGUCUAAGGAUAAUUCAUCUGCAUUUAGUUCAUUCCAAAGGAAUUAUGGUAAAUCUGAUUCACCAAACCAUCCAGGUCUAAAUAGAAAUAUAUUACCAAUUACACCUGAUAGUAAUAACAGUUCACCAAAUGACAUUCAAAUAAAUAGAACAAAUCCAAAGGUAAGAGGCCAUUCAAGUCUUAACCAAUCAUUAACAAGUUCACCGGAAAGAGAUUCAAAUUUAGAAAAUGAUAGAGAUGGUGAAUAUAUUUGCCAUUAUUGCGAUGCAAGAUUUAAGAUGAGAGGUUAUUUAACACGUCAUAUUAAGAAACACGCUCUAGAGAAAGCCUACCACUGUCCAUUUUUUAAUAAUAAUUUAAACAAAGAAGACCGAUGUCAUGCUACAGGUGGAUUUAGUAGAAGAGAUACUUAUAAGACACAUAUGAAAGCACGUCAUUUCACGUACCCAGAUGGUGUCAAACCCGCAGAUAGAAACAAGUAUGGAGGCCAUUGUAAUGCUUGUAAUGAAUAUUUUUUAAGUUCCAAUAUUUGGAUCAAAGAACAUAUUGAGAAUGGCCAAUGUAAAGGUCUCCCAAAAGAAUAUUUGGAACAAUUACCUUCUCACGAUUCUAAACAAAAGAUAACAAAUAGAUUGAAGAUGAUUAAAACCUCGACAGGGCAUGCUCGUUAUAUAUCCACGAUGGAAAGUGUUGUCGAACCGAACGUUUUAUUGAAUAAAGAAGCACUUGAAGCAAUGGUCAUCGUUGCAAAAAAUACUAAUAGAAAUGAUGUUCUUUCGAAAUUUGGAGAUGACAAAUUGAUCCUUAAUUCAGAUAAUUUCAAAGGUUAUAAGCGACCAAAGAGGAAAUAUAAAAAAAGAAUACCGAAGGUAAAACCAUCUGAAUCUAGUAGUACGCCGGUAGAUUUGACACAGCAAUCAUCUGUCAUUUCAUCCACUGCUGGAACUCCUCAUAUCGAAACUCCCAUCAAUACUCCACAGACAUUUGCAGAUACUUCUUCAUUUAAUUACAAAGAGAGUCAUAGUUUAGAAUAUCCUAAUAUUAAUUCUAACGAGCACAAUACCAAUUUCAGUCAUACAAUGCAUACUGAUGAACAACUACCAUAUAACAACAAAGACGACGUGAACAACGGCUAUCAAACAGAUAAUCUCAGUGUUGAGAUUAGUCCGAAGCAAAUCGUUGAGGAUCAAGGAUUGAAUGCUGGACCAACCUUACUGACGUCAUAUGCAUAUCCAUUAACUGUGAUACCUUCAGAACCUCAUCAGGACAAUAGUAAUAUUAGUCAUAAUAAAAGGGAAGUGAUUCCUUUAGAUUCUGAGCAACAGUCAUAUUUUGUUGACACAUACGAAGACGAGCUACCCAACGAGACCAAUGAUAAGAUUCCCAUUAAUAAAAUGUUAGCCGAACAAUUCGUUCCGGAGACGAUUAAUCAAACUCAAUUGGAGGAGACUAAAGAAUAUUUAAAAUUUUAUAAUGAUUUCUUUGGGUCUGGUCUAUAA